AAUAAUUAUAAAAGGGAAAAAUAGAAGCAAAACUUAAAUCAAAAUACUUAUAAUAUAGAUAUAUAAAAUAGUAUACAUAUUAGCAAUUUUUAUUUUAAUCUGGCUGAAGUAAAGAGUAGAAAAUCAGGAGUCUGCUUUGUUUUGUGAAUUUGUGUUUGAUGUAAUUUUUUCAUCAACUGAUAACCAGUAUAGAUCCAAAUAUAGUUUAAUUUUUUAAAACAAUUUGCAUUCAGAAACAACCUAUUGUUUUCAAGUUACUACAAGAAAUAUAAUUUUAUAAAUAAUACUAUGGCCAAUUAUAAUCCUAACGAUUUCUCUUGGCAAACACAGAAUACUGCCCAGAAUUAUUCCUUUGAUACUUCUAAUACUUUUGCAGAUCCUGCUCAGACAUUAGACUUUCAGACAUUUCCGAGUGAACAACAAAACUUCUCUUAUGAAUCAACACAAGGUCCUAUACCUGCUAAUAACAACCAAUAUUAUAAUCCAAAUUUAUUUACCCCAGCACCUCUCACUGGAGAAACUAUAACUGAAACAGAAUUUGAUGAACCUCCUUUGUUGGAUGAACUGGAAAUAUACCCUGACAGGAUACUGGAAAAAACUUUAGCUGUUUUAAACCCUUUUCAUGGCCAAUCAAAAGCAGAUGAUGCAAACUUCUUGUUGAGAGACACAGAUAUAGCAGGCCCUAUAGCUUUCUGUUUGGCACUUGCAGUAUGUCUAUUUCUUUCGGGGAAUAAGGCACAUUUUGGUUAUGUAUAUGGUCUCUCUGUAAUGUCAGUUGUUUUAAUGUAUUUCUUGUUAUCAUUGAUGAGUCGUACUGAAGGUGUGUUUACUCUUUUAAGUGUUGCUAGUGUAUUAGGAUACUGUAUGUUACCAAUGGUAGUUUUAGCAGGCUUGGGAAUUUUUGUAUCCCUAGAAGGAACAAUUGGGCUUACAUUAUCAGCUUUAGCAGUGAUUUGGUCAGCUCUAUCAGCAAGCAGGCUGUUUGUGACAAUGUCUGGUGAUGCAGAACAGAGACCACUUAUUGCAUAUCCCUGUGCUUUAGUAAAUGGUGUUUUUGCAUUGCUAGUACUUUUUUGAAAAGGAUAUAUUUUACUAAUUUUUGUUUUUAUGUAAAAAGUAACUAAUUUUAUACCUAUUAUUAAUGUAACUAUGUCUAUAUUUAAUGUAUAACUAUAUUCUAUAAAAUCUGAAAAACUCCUAAUUGUAUAAUUUUUUUUAUGAUUUUGAAAACAAGAUUGGUAAGUUUAAUUGGCAGUGUAGAAUAAUAAAUAUUAAAAUGUAAUAACCAUUGCAUAAAUAUAUAUUAUUGUAACCCUAACUUCUAUAAGCUUUUACAUCUGCAUUAUAAAUGCUUAAUUUUACUACCACAUGAUCAUUAUUCAUAUAUUUCAUUAUAUAUGCCCCUAAAAUUAGCUCUUCAAAUUGGACUUAUGUUCUGUUAUAUACUAUAUAUAACAUUUCAGAUGAAGUUUUAUAUAAAUAUAUCAGAAUUUUGUAUCAAACACAUAGAAGAUCUAGGGCUAUAUUAAAUUCUAUACAGAUAUUGGAGGGCCAUUAACUUUUCAGUUAACAGUUUGAAGAUUUUGUAAUAUUCAUAUUAUAUCCAUAUAUAAAAGGAAAAUAAUAGUUCAUUUUAAUAAUGUCCACAUAUUUAUCCUUUUUGUUAAAUAAAUCGAGUUUAUAUU